AUGUUCGUGGAGGUAUUUACGUUUUUGUACAAGACCGAGUACUAUCCUUAUCCGGUGCCUAGACUGUUGGCCGACAUCCUACUUCUCCUUGUCCUAAUCACUAUGGAUUUCAUCAAGAAUGCUAUCUCUUCACGUGGUAACCGUCAACGAGUUCUCUUCCUCCUCUACGUUUCUAUCUUACUUUCUCUUGUCGUCAUCGGCUUGACUGUCUGGCUGCUCCUUGGCCAAGCCUAUACCCUAUUUUAUGAAAUGGUUCUCGGCGUACUCGGCGGUGUUUUAUGGCUUUUACAAAUCCUCUUUUCUAUUCUGGUUCUUUAUGCAUACACAAAAGGCUCAAAAUGA